AUGUAUAUAGAAAUCAAAACCCAAAGCCACCAAAAUAAUAACCUAGAAUAGAGCAUAGAGAUGGAUGGGGGUGUUACUAAGAUUAUGGUGGUUCUCAUGAUGGUGGUGGUGGUGGUGGUACCAGUGGCAACCGCAGCAGGGCUGACUGCUGCCCAAUGCCAUGAAGAGAGACGACUAGCGGUGAAUGCUUGCAAAUCGUUGGUGAAAGGGGGGUUGCCAAGCCCACAAUGUUGCCAACGUGCAAGGGUUAGCCACGCCGAAUGUAUAUGUCCUGAUGUUACGCCCAUAGUGAUGGCAAUAGUCGGGGAUGUGAAUCGUGCCAUUAGGCUCAUCGAAAGUUGUCAUAGAAGAGUUCCUCAUCAUUUCAAGUGCGGAUGUGUGACCACCCCCUGAAAACUUGAUUAUGAGAUGUAACUUAUCAUUAUUAUAAUAAAUAAAUUCCGAUAAUUUUCAU